UAUUAUUAUUAUUAUUAUUAGUAGUAGUAGUAGUAGUAGUAGUAGUAGUAGCAGUAGCAGUAGUAGUAGUGGCAAUAGUAGUAGUAGCUAGUAGUAAUAAGAGUUGCGACCCACCUACAAUGUGUUUGGUUUUCAUUACAGGUCGCGGGUACAGUGAAGAUGGCGGGUGUGGUGGUCGUGGGUCACCCUCGGCUGGGUGUGGACACAGUGAUGGUGCCACCAGCGUCCAUCACAACCAUCAUCUCGCCCGGCGACGCUCCUGUCAGAGUCAGAGUCUCGACUUGGAGCACUACCGCUCCCCCACACCUCUCCUGCAGGAUGCUGCACCCAGGGGACGCAGUCUCGACAGCACCUCCGUCAGCAGUCUCCGUCGCUCCCCUACUGCUGGGCCGUCGUGGGCGGGCGGGGACCCGGUUUGCACCACACCUGAGCUACGGGUAUCACCAACGCCCCCAGAGACGACAACUCAUCAUUCUUCCCAUUCUUCCCACUCCCACGCUGUCGUUCUUCAGCGACAAGACACCAUUGACGACGCCCUCCUGCCUGUCCCAUACGCAACACUCAUGGAAGAGGAACUCGAGAAUGAGAUCUAAAGGUCUCUGAAGUCUUCUUGUGAUAUUCCAGAUGAGUGUCGGCAGUGUGUGAGGGUCGUCAAUAUAUUUAUCCUUAGGACCGUUUUCAAUAAAGCUUUUGGGUAGAGAAAUACAGUAACAUAGGAAAGCAAAGCUUUAUCAAACAAAGUUUCGCUUGGAAAAACAACUCAACUUUCAAUGAAACGCUGUCUAAUGAAGUUUUGCCCUAUUAUUAAUGUUAUAAACGCCUUUGUAUUAGCAAAAUUGCCGGUAUUUUGCCUUCCAACAAAGCCUAUAGGAUGUUGGGGUUUUGUAUGCCAUAACUGGUGGCGUUUGAAGAACUCGACAAAUUGUGAAAAUCUGAAAUCGUCUUGAAGGACCAAAAAAGAUGAAUGAUUGUUCGUAGUUUCUUAUGGUGCUUCAGAAUAUCUUGGAAGAAAUGGAUAACUACAUAUAGUUUAUAAUUUUACAAAGUUGGCAGGUAAGCAUUAUUCCUU